UUCAAUUCUCAUCAUGUUUAUUAUCAAGACAUUGAGAGCUUCGGUAUUUGGGCUUUAUGGAUAUAUGAAUUUCACUAAAUCUGCUUUUUCGGAACAUGCAAAGAAUUUCAAGCCUGAAGAUAUGCAAGUUCAAAUGGAAGGAAAGAAUUGCAUUGUCACAGGUGCAAAUUCCGGCAUAGGUUUCGCAACUGCUGAGGGUCUCGCUUCACGUGGGGCGACCGUUUACAUGGUAUGCCGUAAUAAAGAGAGGGGAGAGGCUGCUCUUACCAAAAUUCACUCAAACACGGGGAAUAAAAAUGUCUACUUGGAGGUCUGUGAUAUCUCAUCAGUCAAUGAUGUCAAAUCCUUCACUUCCAGGUUUUGUUCAAAAGAUGUGCCUGUACAUGUCCUGGUUAAUAAUGCUGGCCUGCUUGAAGCUAAUCGUGUCAUCACACCAGAAGGAUAUGAGCUGAGUUUUGCUACAAAUGUUCUUGGAACUUACACCUUGACUGAGUUGUUGUUACCACUCCUAGAGAAGGCUGCACCUGAUGCUCGUGUUAUCACAGUUUCCUCUGGUGGAAUGUACACAUCUCCAUUGACUACUGAUUUACAGUUUAGUGGUGACACGUUUGAUGGAGUGGUACAGUAUGCUCGGAACAAGAGAAUUCAGAUUGCACUGACAGAAAAAUGGGCUGAAAAGUACAAGGAUAAAGGUGUUGGUUUCUACUCCAUGCACCCAGGGUGGGCCGAGACGCCUGGAGUAGCCAAGAGUUUGCCAGAUUUUUCCAAAAAAUUUGAAGGAAAACUUAGAAGUAGUGAGGAAGGUGCAGAUACAGUUAUCUGGUUGGCAUUACAACCAAAAGAGAAGUUGGUUCCUGGAGCAUUUUAUUUUGACAGAGCUGAAGCACCAAAACAUCUGCCAUUAACAGGCACCAAGAACUCUCAUUCUGCUAUAGACUCCAUAAUUGAGAAACUUAGGUCUUUUGCUGGCUUAUAAGGAGGAUAUAGGAUAAAUUAUUCGGAUGGAUACCUUUUACUCAUAAAUUAUUACUGAUUUUAGCUAAACUUUUUAUUUAUUACUUGCUAUUUAUAGCAAUACAUAACAAUACUAUGAUAAAUCUGCAACAUGUAUUAAAAGUGAA